CCUACUCAACACCAAUGCUGGCAAAAGGUAACAGUCCCUGUGCUGGGUUUCCUGGACAACUCAUAGCAUCAAAAGACUUGGUGAUGACAUGUGACUUUCAGAGCGAAGAGGCCACCGUUCUUUGCAGAGAGCUGGGAUGUGGUUCAGCUCUUCAACCUUCCACUGACCUCCGUCUAAGAGAAGACUUGGGAAACACAUCCAGGGCUAUCACCUGUCAGGGCACUGAGCCAACUAUCCUAGACUGCUUCAUUCUAGAAACACUUUUAGGUCUCUGUAAUCCAGACUCGGACCCUCAGGUCAUCUGUUCAGGGCACAGGGAGGUGCGCCUGGUGGGCGGCGAACACCCGUGCGCGGGGCGCCUGGAGGUGCGGCGGGGCCUGGAAUGGGGCACGGUCUGCCAGUCAGACCUGGACCUGACUACAGCCCACGUGGUCUGCCGGGAGCUGCGUUGUGGAGCUGCCGUGUCCAUGCCCGGGGGUGCUCACUUUGGCCGGGGGCUGGGCCCACUGUGGACCCAGGAGACUUUCCGCUGCCAAGGAAAUGAGUCUCUCCUGUUCCACUGCCCCCGCGGGCCUGCGCAGACAGAGCCCUGCUCCCACAGGAAGGAAGCCGCCGUCCGCUGCUCAGAAUACAGGCUGGUGAACGGCAGCAGCCGCUGCGAGGGGCGAGUGGAGCUGCAAGUAGGAGAGUCUUGGGGGCCCUUGUGCGCCGUCCACUGGGACCUGGCGGACGCCCACGUCCUCUGCCGCCAGCUGGGCUGUGGGCCGGCACUGGGGACCGUGGGCAGAGAGUCUUUUGGGGCGGGAGACGGCCCUGCCUGGACCGACGCUUUUCACUGCGCGGGGACGGAGCCCCAUCUGUGGAACUGCCCGCGGAGCGCCUUGGGAGCCGCCGCCUGCCAACCCAACCACGUGGCCACCGCCAUCUGUUCCGUCUCAGAUGGUUCCCGGCAGCUGCAGCGGGCAUCUCAGUCCUCUCGUGAACCCUUGGCUUGUCCCAACCUCAACCUUCCUGGAGCUGGUGAGUCGGCGGAGGCGCUGCGGCUGCAGGGCGGGCAGAGCCGGUGUGACGGCCGCGUGGAGAUCUCCCUGCGGGGCUCCUGGAGCAGGAUCAUGGCCGAGGCCUGGGGCCUGGCCGAGGCCGGGGUCGUGUGCCACCAGCUGCGCUGCGGAGAGGCCCGGAGAGCCUACAGCCUCGAUCCGACGGCCCGCGGCCCAGAGGCCACCCCCUUGGGGCUCAGCGCCGUCAGCUGUGCCGGGAACGAGACCCGCCUGACCCAGUGCCGCUUCUCCAUCUCCCCACCGUCUCCCGUGGGGACGGCCUGGGACGUGGGCGUCGUCUGCUCCGCCGCACCCCAGCCAUGGUCUAACCACAAGUCUUACUCCUGGCCCCAGUUCCACACCCUGUUCAAACCUUGCCUUCUGCCCCACACCCUCCUCGCCCCCAGCCCAGCCCCCGAGGCCGGGGACGAGGAGCAACGUCAGUCUGUGUCCACAGAGAGCGAAGGCCUGCGUCUGGCAGACGGUCCUGGGCGCUGCGCCGGACGGGUGGAGCUGCUCCAUGACGGGCGCUGGGGGACGGUCUGUGAUGAUUCCUGGGACCUGGAGGAUGCCCAGGUGGUCUGCCGGCAGCUGAGCUGCGGCGUGGCCCUCGGGGCCUUCGCCUCCUCUGGGCCCGGGCCCGGGAUGGGGCCCAUCUGGCUGGACGAGCUGGGCUGCGCCGGGAAUGAGUCUAGUCUCUGGCAGUGCCCCUCCACAGGCUGGGGCCGGCACGACUGCCGCCACAAGGAGGAUGUCAGCGUUCUCUGCUCAGAGUUCACAGACCUGCGGCUCGCUGGCGGUUCCUGGGCCUGUACUGGGCGGCUGGAAGUUUUCUACAAUGGGACGUGGGGAAGCGUGUGCCAAUACUCCCUGCCGGCUGUCGCCCUCACCGUGAUAUGCAAACAGCUGCAAUGUGGAGCCCGGGGGGAGAUGUUGGCCAGGCCGGAAACAGAUGCGGAAUCCAGUCCGAGCUGGGUGGACGACAUCAGAUGCCGGGAGCGGCACCACACCUCUCUGUGGCAGUGCCCCUCCGCACCUUGGCAUCCACACUCGUGCCUCAGUACGGAAGAAGCCUGGAUCCGUUGCAGAGAAGAGACAGAUGAAAAAAAUGAGAGCCCGGAAGAGACCCUUAAAUGCUCAGUCUUCAAAAACUGCACAGCGCAGGAGAAGGUGCGCCUGCGGGACGGCGAGGACGACUGCUCGGGACGCGUGGAGGUGUGGCACGACGGGUCCUGGGGCACGGUGUGCGACGACGCCUGGGACCUGGCAGACGCCCACGUCGUGUGCCGACAGCUGGGCUGCGGAGUGGCGCUGGCGGCCCUGGGAUUGGCGGCCUUCGGCCCGGGGAAGGGCACCAUCUGGCUGGACGAGGUCCGGUGCCAGGGCGGCGAGGCCUCUCUCCGGGACUGUCCGGCCGCCCCCUGGGGCCGCACCGACUGUGGCCACAAGGAAGAUGCCGCCGUCAACUGUUCCGGUGAGAGACAGGUGACCACCUCGCCACUGGAAACAGAAUUCAGCCCGCCUCUUCCAGAGACCCCAGAGGCUUACUCAGGGUCUGAAAUCACCUGUAUCGUCCUCGGAACAAUUCUCUGUCUCCUCCUCGUGUUCCUGGCAAUGGAGAUGUGGAACAACAGAUGCCAACGCAGGGUUUUUAGGAAAGAUGUGAAUGCUCUUCCUGAGGACAUCUAUGAAGAAAUUGCAAGCUCCAUAGAGUCCAAUUACGAGGAAAUAGAAGAGACUGAAAAGUAUCAAGUAACAAAGGAGUUUGAUGAAUUUAGGGAUACAGAGGACAUGCUGGUGGAUGAGGAAAAGGGGGCUGCUUUUUCAGAUUCCUUAAAAAAUGAGGUCACCGAAGAAGAUUUUCAGAAAGAGUCAAGGAGGGAGAAUUACGACGAUGUCAUGAUGGCGGAGGAGGAGAGGGAGGUAGAUGAGAAGAUGGUUGAGGAGGACGCCAAGGAAAAGGCCACUGAAUCAGUGACUCUGCUGAAGCCGGAGGAUGUCCUGGAAAGUGCAUAUGAUGAAGUUGGAGAGGUUUCAGGCUUUGAGCAACAUGCUUGUUCCCUCCCAAGUCUUGAGGGAUCACAGGGACACUCUGAAGAAAGAAGCCGGAGGACCCAUGUACUGGACAAGUCCGCUUUGCUCCCCUUAAGAAGAGGUUCCGUCUUGGAAUUGGAAGAAGGGGGCUAUGAUGAUAUCGAAUUCAGCUUCUGAGAGAAGUAACUGUCAAGAUGGAAUUUGAAGGCAGCAUUCUGGUCAGUUACGCAUGCUCUGCAGCUUUUCCAUGAUCCUGUUUUUUCUUGCUGUAAUGUUUUUGCCUAGCACAUGAAUAAA